AUGUCAGUUUCAGAGCAACAUUGCAAACCCUAUCCAAUCAGUCCCGAACCAGGACGACACAGUGGUUUCGGCGAUGGCUGUUUCUCAAAAGGUCGCGCAAAAACCUUCUUCAAUUUCGUCAACAGCGUCAACUUCAAAGUACUCUGGGGAGUGAACGCAAUGGAGGGAAGAACUCAAACCGGUUCUACAAACUGGACAGGCGACUGGAACUCAACACAAUUUCAUCACAUGCUUGAGGAUUGGAUAGAAGAGGGAUACAUGAAAAAUAUCUUUGCGUUCGAACUCGGAAACGAAAUCUAUGGACAAUAUGGAAUCGAGGCAAAGUUGACUGUUGACGAAGGAGUCGAUACUUUUGCAGAGCUCUGGCGAGUGCUCAAAGAAUCGUUUUUUUCGUCGAUUGAUCGCCCGAAAGUCUUUGGCGUGGAUACGGCGCUUGACAUCGCUUGGGUGAAGGAGUUUCUCGCGAAAAUGAAAAUCAAAGAUCCGACCUUCCAACUUGAUGCUUUUACUUAUCAUUCUUAUCCGCUAGGAGCGGGGUCAAGUGACAAGGUUGAUGAAGAAAUUAUGGACGAGAACUUUAACUCAAAAAUUUAUCAUCUUGCCAACCAAGCGAGCAGUUUCGAUAAUUUGCCCUUAGGCGUGUGGAUGGGCGAAACCGGCGGAGCAUACAACUCUGGCCGGAAUACCGUCACAAACCGAUUCAUGUCCGCCUUUUGGUACGUUGAUUGGAUGGCGGUGAUGGCCGAAAGUGGCCACAAAGCUUUUUGUCGACAAACUUUUGUUGGUGGAAAUUAUGGACUACUUCAAGUCGAUUCUAAUUCAAAGAAAAUGUUGGUGAAUCCAGAUUUUUAUGGCGCCUUACUUUUCAAAGAACUGAUGGUCGGAAAAAUCUAUAAAGCUUGGAACGAUAAGGGCAACUCGACACAUCAAUAUUUCGCCGAGACGGAAACGAUAAAUGGAAAGCUCCAGAAAACACUCCUCGUCAUCAAUUACAGUCACGAGCCAAUCUUGUUUUAUUGCGACGAAUUCGAGGACUUCAAAUCCGCGACAAAGUACCAUCUAACUUCUCCGAAUCUGCAAUCGUCAACGGUAAUGAUCAACGGAAUCGAAGCACAGUUCAAACCCGGCGCGCUACGAUUCAAUAUUGCCGACUACGCAGAACUAGUUGGCGAUGAAAAACUAGAAAUCUCCGGACACUCCUAUGUUUUUAUCACUCAAGCAACUUCGAACAAGAAAUAG